UUCUUUUUUUAGAGAGCAACUGUACAAGGGAGGUCAAAAAGGCAUUGGAAUAUGGUUGAGUUAUUAAAUUCAUCCUACCAGUAAACUCUGGUUCUCCUCACCACCUAAAACCCUAAUUUUAGCUUAGAUCGUGCUACUAAUGGCUAAAUUUCUCUUGUUUAUUCUGUUUAUAAUCACAAACCCAUUUUUAGUUUUCUGUCAAUUUGAUGAAUUCUUCUUCAAUGGAUUCAGUGAAGCUCAUAACAACAACAACAAGAUAAGCUUAAAUGGUUCAUCAGAGAUCAAGAAAAAUGGGAUACUUCAAUUAACAAAUGAUACCAGUAGAUUAACUGGUCAUGCUACUUAUCAAACUCCAUUACAAUUUAAGAAUUCCACAAAUGGAAAAGUUUAUUCAUUUUCAACUUCUUUUGCAUUUGCAAUUGUUUCUCAGUUUCAAUUUCAAAGAUUAGGUGGUCAUGGAUUUGCCUUCACUAUAUCACCAGACAAACUACUUAAUGGAUUUCCAAGUCCAUAUCUUGGUGUAUUCAACCCCAGUGAUGUUGGAAACUUAUCAAAUCAUGUAUUCGCUGUUGAAUUUGAUACAGUUCAAGAUUUUGAGUUUGGAGAUAUUGAUGAUAAUCAUAUUGGUAUUGAUAUCGAUGGUUUGAACUCCACUUCUUCAGUUUCCGCAGCAUAUUUUGCCGAGAAUUCUACAAAAGUAAACAUUACUCUCAAAAGUGGUAACAUAUUUCAGGUAUGGAUUGAUUAUGAUUCUAUUGAAUAUGUUGUUAAUGUUAGUAUCUCACCAUUUUCAUGGAAACCAAAACAACCAAUUCUCAGUACUAGUAGAAUAGAUCUUUCUUCGGUUUUCGAAGAUUCGAUGUAUGGACUCUCUUCUUCUACUGGUUUACUUGCUAGUUCACAUUAUAUACUGGGGUGGGAUUUCAAAAUGAAUGGAAUUUCUAGAAAUCUUGAUCUUAGCUCGUUGCCUUCACUUCCUGGACUUAAGAAAAAACAUGUUGCAGUAAUAAUUGGUGUUUCUGUCUCCUCUAUUCUUCUUCUUAUUGUUGCGGUUUGUUUCGCCAUUUACUUGUUUAUAAAAAUUAAGAAUGCGGAUGUUAUUGAAGAUUGGGAACUUGAUAUUGGACCGCAUCGAUUCUCUUACGAAGAAUUAAAAACUGCAACAAAAGGUUUCAAGGAAAAGGAAUUACUUGGGGUUGGUGGAUUUGGUAAAGUUUACAAAGGGAGGUUGCCAAAUUCGAAAGCUGUGGUUGCAGUUAAGAGAAUUUCUCAUGAUUCAAAACAAGGUUUGCAUGAAUUUGUGUCGGAAAUCGGAACUAUUGGACGUCUUCGUCACCGGAAUCUAGUUCAACUACAAGGAUGGUGCAGAAGAAGAGGUGAUCUGCUUCUUGUUUACGAUUAUAUGCCUAAUGGAAGCUUAGAUAAAUACAUCUACCGCGAACCCAAAAUUGUCUUGAGUUGGGAACAAAGAUUUAAGAUCAUUAAAGGUGUUUCUGCAGCAUUACUAUAUCUACAUGAGCAAUGGGAACAGAUUGUUGUUCACAGAGAUAUAAAAGCUAGUAACAUAUUGCUAGAUGGUGAAUUUAAUGGACGAUUAGGCGAUUUCGGUCUUGCUAAAUUGUAUGAACACGGUUCAAAUCCAGGUACAACUCGAAUAGUAGGUACAUUGGGUUAUCUAGCACCAGAGUUAACAAAAACAGGUAAAGCAACACCAAGUUCAGAUGUGUUUGCAUUUGGUGCACUUUUACUGGAAACAUGUUGUGGCAGAAGACCCAUUGAACCGAAAGCAGUUCCUGCAGAACUGACUUUGAUUGAUUGGGUUUGGGAUAAAUGGACUAGUGGAUUGAUUUUUGAUGUAGUUGAUCCAAGACUGAAAGAUGAAUUUGAUGAAGAUGAGGUUCUAAGAGCAUCCACAGUGGGCGAGGAAGACUAAAAAUUUGGGUUGAUUUUCUAACGCAGCGGGACGGAGUAAAGAUCAAAACCCAGCCCACGAUCAAAACCCAGACCAUAUUUAGUCGCGAUCAAAUCCCAAAUCCUAAUAUAGUCGGGCGUAAAUUUAAAAUCCGUUUGUUGUCAGGCGUAAACUUAAAUUGCGUUUGUUAACGGGCGUAAACCAAAUUUACGUAUGUUGGUGGGGCGGAAUUUAAAUUUACGUUUGUUGCGGGCGUAACAUAAAUUUACGCCUGAUGAGACGGACAACAGAAUUCCGCGUGUUGCCAGGCGGACACCAAAAUUCCGCCUCUCUGGGGCGGACACCAAAAUUCCGCCCCUCUCAAACGGACUUUUUUUUUACGCCCAGUAUCUGUUAUCAGAAAGAUUAUGAAACAUGAAAUGAAAAUUUUCGAACGUUAGAAUGAUAAA